AACAUUCUCUCUUACCAAGAUAUAAAAGGCGAAAAAAGGAAAAAGCUCUUCGGGCAGUUCGGGCAGUUAUUGCGCGUCCUUUCGACGCCGCUCUCCCUUCCUCUUUCACCCGUCCAGCUUCCUCCAAAGCAGUAGAUUAGAAGAGAAACCGGAAGCAAACAGCAAGGGAAUCGGAGGAGAAGAAGAUAAAAAAGAAAGCCGAUAGAACGAACGAACGAAAGAAAGAUAGGGAGGGAUCGAGGUAGAGGAGGAGAAUGGGAAGCUACAAGUAUUGCUUGGGUUUCUCGAGGAAGUUCCGGUUCGUUGAGGCGCAGCCGCCGCUGGACGUGAAGGAGGCGUUCACGGUGUACGCGGAGGGAGGGUCCCACAUCAACGCCGAGCAGCUCCGGCGGUUCCUCGCCGACGCCCAGGGCGACGCCGGUGCCACCGCAGCCGACGCCGAGCGGGUGAUGGAGCAGGCCUACCAGCUCCGCCAUCGCCACACUCUCGGCAAGCUCUCCAAGCCCCUGCUUGCCCUCGAGGACUUCCACCAAUUCCUCUUCUCCGAGGACCUCAACCCUCCUCUCCGAUCCCAGGUUCACCAAGAUAUGAGGGCUCCCUUAUCCCACUAUUUCAUAUAUACAGGCCAUAACUCUUAUUUAACAGGGAACCAACUCAGUAGUGACUGCAGUGACAUCCCCAUCAUAAAAGCACUGCAAAGAGGAGUGAGAGUAAUUGAAUUGGAUAUAUGGCCAAACUCUACAAAAGAUGAUGUGGAAGUCCAUCAUGGGGGGACACUGACCACUCCUGUAGAACUUCUCAAAUGCUUGCAGUCCAUUAAGGAGCAUGCCUUUAGCGUAUCUCCAUACCCAGUCAUAAUUACUCUUGAGGAUCAUUUGACUCCAAAACUUCAGGCUAAAGUAGCUGAGAUGAUAACCGAUACUUACGGAGACAUGCUGUUUACGGCAAAAGCAGAAUUUUUGGAAGAACUCCCUUCACCUGAGGCAUUACAGAUGAAGAUCCUAAUAUCAACCAAACCACCAAAAGAAUACCUUGAAUCCAAGAUCAUCAAGGAAGAAGACCAAGCAAUACAAAAAGGAACUGAAGAUGAAGCAUGGGGUACAGAAGUCCCAGAUCUUAAAGCUGAAAUCAGUGAUAUAAUAAAGGUUGAGCAUGUGCAUAGUGAACACCACCAUGAAGAAGAAGAUCCUGAUGAAGGUGAUAAAAAACCACAUCAGAUAGUUGCACCUGAGUACAAGCAUCUAAUAGCAAUUGCUGCCAAAAAAAGAAAGGGAGAACUAAGUGAUGCAUUUAAGGUUGAUCCUGAUAAAGCAACUCGUCUUAGCCUAAGUGAGCUAGUGUUUGAGAAGGCUGUAAUUUCUCAUGGAACUGAAAUUAUCAGGUUCACUCGAAAGAAUCUAUUGAGGAUUUACCCAAAGGGUACACGUAUCACCUCCUCUAAUUACAACCCAUUGCCUGGUUGGAUGCAUGGAGCUCAGAUGGUUGCAUUGAAUAUGCAGGGGUAUGGGAGGGCACUCUGGUUGGUGCAUGGUAUGUUUAGAGCUAAUGGAGGGUGUGGUUAUGUAAAGAAACCAGAUUUUCUGUUCGAUAAUGUUCCAUAUCAUAUCUUUGAUCCUAAAGUUGCAUUGCCAGUCAAGAAAACAUUGAAGGUGAAGGUAUAUAUGGGAGAUGGGUGGCGCUUCGAUUUUCAUCAGACACAUUUCGAUACAUACUCACCACCUGACUUCUACACAAGGGUUGGCAUAGCCGGAGUCCCAGCUGAUACAGUAAUGAAAAGAACAAAAGCAGUAGAGGACAACUGGACACCAGUUUGGGAUGAGGAGUUUCAAUUCCCUUUGACUGUUCCAGAACUCGCCUUGCUUCGAAUCGAAGUUCAUGAGUAUGAUAUGUCUGAGAAGGAUGACUUUGCUGGCCAGACUUGUUUGCCUGUGUGGGAGUUGAGGCCGGGGAUUCGGUCUGUCCCGCUCUGUGACCGCGAGGGAGAGGCUCUGAAGUCUGUAAAGCUGCUAAUGCAUUUCGAAUUCCUUUGAGAUCUUUGUGGAUCCUUCUAUCUGUAGUAAUGAAGACCGAUGUGUAUAUACGAAUGCAAGGCUUUCGACCUCCUGUUCUUGUACUUGAACUAUUGUGCUAUUUAUUCUUAAUGAAGAUCAUCUUCUUCAGAAAGUCUAA